GGCGGUAGAGACACUGCGCGUGGACUUGUCAUCAUCAUCACCAUCACCACUACCAUCAUCAUCACCACCACCGCGCAAGACGGAGGACGUGGCGAUCCACGGCUCGAGUCGCACGGCUGCGCGCUGAUGGGCGUGCAGGCCGAUCGAACCUCCACCGCCGCCCCCGCCGCCUCCACCGCCGCCCCCACCGCCUCAGCCGCGCCAGCGAUGGGGUCGCCCCCCCGGCGGUAGCGGGCGGCAUGGCCGAGUUCGCGGCCCCUCGCGGGAACGACGACAGCGGCGGUGGCGGAGGUGCCGCUGGCGCCGCAGGAGGAGGGGCCGCAGGUGCCACCGCCGCCGCCUCCUCCUCCAUGUGCAUCAAGCGCAGGAUCUGCGAGUGGGAGGGCAAGGGGUCGGCUGCAUCCACGCUCAAUCUCCCCGACCCGGCGAGCGCUGCGCCGGCGAGAGCGGAGAGCGCUGCGCCGGCGAGAGCGGAGCGCUCCGUGGCGCGGCGAGACCGCUCGCCGUGCCGGCGCAACCUCCCCAAGGAGGCGGCCGGCGGCGGUGGCGGCGGCGUCCUCGCCAGCGGCGCUCGCUCCCAGACUCCUCCGGAUCAGCGAGCGGCGGCGGUGCCGGCGAGAGCCGGUGAACUUGGCGGUGCUCGCGGAGACGGAGCGGGCGGCGCCAGCCUCGACCGCCUCCGCCACCAACACCACCACGACCGCGAGCCGCAGGCCACGCCGCGGCCGGCGCGUCUGCGCAGGCAGCCGCCGGUAACCUUUACCGCCGCCGCCGCCGCAGCCAGCCUCGGGCGCGAGCGGGCACCGCAGCGGCGGGGGGCACCGCCGCCCGUUCUGGCACGGGUGAGGCAGUUCGAGGAGAAAGAUCGUCAGCCGCAGCACCUGCGGCGGCCGGCGAGAGAGAAUAAGGGCGGCUCGCUCGACCAGUGCCGGUCCGGCGGGCCGUGCCAGCCGGACGGGCCGGGCGGGACGGAGCGGGCACUCGGGCCGCCCCCUCCCUCGGCCGCGAGGGAGGGGGCGGCGGAGCGGGAGGGGGCGGAGGAGGAGGCCCGCAACGCUUACAACACGCCGGCCCGGCCGGCGCGGCCCGGCGGGCGGGGCCCCUAUGCCAGCCCGCUGCUCGCGGUGGGCGCGGGGAGGCCAGCGGGCCUCCCUACCCCGCGGCCCGGCGCGGUCGCCGCGGCGACGUACGUCGCGAGGCCGAGGAGGCCGCCGCCCCUCCCCCUGUGCCCUCCGCCGGCCGCCGUGAGCCGCAAGGCGGCCUUCAGGGAGGCCGCGGGCAGCCCCACGCGGAGGCCGCGCUGCCUGCAGAAGUCGCUGGAGUAUGAAGACGUCUCCGCCGUCGCCGCGGGCAACGGCGUCUCACACGGCAACGGCAGCAUCGGCAGCAGCAGUGGCAGCGGCGCGGGAGGCUGCUGCGUGCAAGCGGGCAAGGCCAGAGGCACGGGCGGGCUGCGUCGCAGCGUGUCCCAGGAGACCAUCUACCAGUCGCUGGCUCGUGCGGACAACGUGUACGAGGAGGUCGACGACUCGGUGAGCCGCACCGUCUGGCACUACCGCCCGGCGCGGCCUGCCCCACCCAAGAUCCCCCCACGCCCACCCGGCGGGGUGACUCCCCGGCCAGCGGCACCCGAGACCGUCGCCCGGAGGAACGGAGACAACCACGACCCGACGCAGCUCCCCCUGCACGUGCGCAAGAUCAACGCCAUCUUCACCGCCAAGUUCGGCAAGAAGCGCUUCAAGAGAAACCUGCCGCCCAACCCUGACAGCGCCACGGCGGCGGCCGCCACGAAGGACGACAACUCGGACAGCGAGAGCGACACGGAGGAGCGGAAGAAAGUGUACAGGCGCCACCUGUCCCACGUGCAGUCGGUGAAGCAGGCGUCUCAGCGCCACGCGGCGCAGCAGCCCCUGGCGGCUGGGGGGGCUGCCACCCUCCGCGGCCCCCACGCCCUGCUCGAGCUGUUCGUCGUCGUGACGAUGGGGCGGGGGCGCGGGGGCCUGGCCGACGAGGAGCCCCCGGCGUCCACCCCCCGCAUCACCCAGAUCUUCCCCAAGGCCGACAAGCUGAGCAAGGAAGGCCGGGAGAUGGAGGCGCUGCUCACGGCCAUCCCGCACUUCUGCUUCCCCGACGCCGACGACCCCAAUGCCUUCACACCCACCAGCGACAAGAUCCAGAGUGAGACCUUCUCCUUCGUGCUCACGAGCGAAAACGGAACGCGACGAUUUGGCUACUGCCGGCGAGUGCUGGUGGGGGGCGCGGGCCCCCCGGUGCGGCAGGUCUACUGCAUCGUCUCUCACCUCGGCUGCUUCGCUCUCUUCUCCCAGAUCCUGGACGAGGUGGAGCGCCGGAGGGCCGUGUCACCCGCUCUGCUCUCGCCGUUCCUCACGAGCCUGUGGGAGCACCGGCGAGCGCCCCCGGCGCCGGGCGCCGCGCUGGUGCUCAGCACCUUCCUGCCGGGCGUCGGGCGCCGCCGGCUGACCCUGCGGCGGCCGGCCGACUCGCGCCUGGAGCACGUGGAGGCGGCCUGCCUGCUGGGCUGCCUGGGCCCGCGCACGCUCGUGCGCACCUUCGCCGCGCUGCUGCUUGAGAGGCGCGUCAUCUUCACGGCCGACAGGCUCAGCGUGCUGUCCAAGUGCUGCCACGCGGCGCUCGCGCUGCUCUACCCGUUUGCGUGGCAGCACACCUACGUGCCGGUGCUGCCCGCCCACAUGGUGGACAUCGUGUGCUCGCCCACGCCCUUCGUGGUGGGGCUGCUCUCCAGCACGCUGCCCCGCACCCACGACCUGCCCAUGGAGGAGGUGUUGGUUGUGGACCUGGGAUCGAACCAGUUCAUCCGGCAGGUGGACGACGAAGACGCCAUCCUCCCGCCCAAGCUGCAGGCCGCACUGCAGGCCGCACUCGAGGCACGGCUCGACCUGGGAGGCCCCGGCGUGUCCCAGAACUCGCUCGUCUCCGAGGUGUUCAUCCGCUUCUUCGUGGAGGCCGUGGGCCACCUGCCCCUCUUCAUGGCUCCUCCGUCGGUCGUCACCUCCUCCACCUCCACCUCGUCGCCGUCGUCGUUCUCCUCGUUCCGCAGGGAGGACUUUGUCCGGGCAGCCGCCUCCAAGACGCACCGCCGCUUCCUGGAGCUCUUCACGCACACGCAGAUGUUCUCCUGCUUCGUGCAGGAGCGAGCGCAGCGCCAGCGCGGGGCCCGGGACUUGUUUGACGCGCGCGUCAUUCCCUUCCUGGAGGAGGUGGCGGCCGACGCUGAGGCCGAGAGCGGCGUCAACAAGUUCCUGCGCAGUCUCGGAAACAUCGUCAACUUCCCCCUCAAGCUGCUGCCACGCUGACCUCCGACCUGAAAUGUGACCUCCGAUCUGGAUGUGACCUCCGACCUCGGGGUCGUCCUGGCUCCGCCCCCCCCACCUCCUCCACAGGUCGCUCAGGAUUGAAUGAACCCCGUGGCACUUUUCCCUGCGCCCGGUGUCGCCGCUGAGCUCCCUGAGCCCCCAAACCCCCCUCCCUGUUCUCAGUAUUGUUUGACUCGUGUCACUUUGCACAACUCUCCCGCUAAGGGGACGACGACGCUGCAACCCCCUCUCCCCCCCCAGGCGGCUGUCGUCCGUGGUUCGCUCGCCACAGGAAAACUUUUUGAUACGAAGCGCUGUUGAAUUCAUCCGAAAGUUUAUUUAAAUAA